AUGCACCACGAAUCCCAAAUCAACCCAACAACGUGUCCAGAGGGCGGGCUCACCGGCUACCUAGUCGUGGGAGGCAGUUUCAGCGCUAUAAUGGGUGGCCUCGGCCUAAUGAACAGCAUCGGCAUCUACCAAGCCUGGAUCUCAACACACCAACUAUCAGCGCACAGCGCAGGCCAAAUAGGAUGGAUCUUCGGAAUUUACAAUUUCCUCGUGUUCUUCUGCGGUAUCCAAAUCGGGCCAAUAUUUGACAUCAAAGGUCCGAGGCUACUUAUGUGGCUUGGCACAAGCCUACUCGUCCUCACUUUCAUCCUCAUGGGCUUCUGCGAGGAAUACUGGCACUUCUUCGUUGUAAUUGGCAUCCUGGGAGGAAUGGGAACUUCUUUCAUCUUUAUUGUGCCUGUUGCCAGCAUCGGGCACUUCUUCUUCAAGCGCCGCGGGGCCGCAACAGGUCUCGCCUUGGCUGGGGGCAGUAUUGGUGGUGUCGUCUUUCCUUUGGUACUGCUGAAUCUCGCGCCACGUAUCGGGUUCGCCUGGGCUAGUCGGGUCAUAGGGUUGAUCACGUUGGUACUCUUGGUCAUCGGGUGUCUUCUUGUGCGAGCGAAUGCUCCCCCUAAGGUCUUGUCGUCGCCUUCUUUGAAGGUUUUUCUUCCUGACCUCACGAUUCUCAAAGAUUCUGUUCUAGCACUUACCACACUGGGUGUGUUUUUUAUUGAGUGGGGAUUUUUCAUUCCGCUCGAGUACAUUGUCUCGUACUCAAUUGCCAGUGGCAUGUCACCUCGUCUGUCGUAUUUGAUGGUUGUGUUUCUGAAUGCGGGAUCUUUCCCUGGUCGUUGGCUUCCAGGGAUCAUUGCUGAUCGUAUUGGUCGGUUCAAUACAUUGAUUCUGACAAACAUUCUUUGUUUGGUCUCGGUAUUGGGUAUCUGGAUGCCCGCCGAUGGCAACGUUGUCGCCACUGUGAUAUUCUCAACUGUGUUCGGAUUUGCCAGUGGGAGUAAUAUCAGUCUCGUGCCGGUCUGUGUAGGAGAACUGUGUCCUGUCGAAAACUAUGGGAGAUAUUACACCACUGUGUAUACUAUUGUCAGUUUUGGGUAA